CGACAUCAUCUACUCAAAGUCCCACAGUUACAGCGCUGUUCCCAUGAUGCACAUUCCCUUAUAUCUGUUUCAAAUAUAUUACUGUUUGCUGGAGGUCACUGUGUCACUGUUUGGACGCCUUCAGUGAAGUAAAUCUCUAAAGCAUCAUCCGUUCACUAGACCAGGGGUGCACAACUCCAGUCCUGGAGGGCACAGUUUGGAGGUUUCCCUGCUCAAACACACCUAUUUCACCUGGAUAUUAAAAGACGAAUGUGAUCAGGUGUGUUUGAGCAGGUAAAUCACCAAAGUGUGCUGGACACCAGCUCUCCAGGACCAGAGCUGUGCACCCCUGCUCUAGACUAAGUGGUCUGUUCAUCUGGUGCUGAUUCUAAUUCUUCAUACUCGCUGAGCGAAAGAAACGGAACAUUCAAGGUACCACACACACACACACACACACACAGACACACACACACACACACACACACACACACAGACACACACACACACACACACACACACACACACACACACACACCUUUACUUGAGCUACCAUAAUCACUAUGCAAUCUAAAUUUCUUCUGUGACAAAGAUUAAAGUCCAGUGGACCUCCAGAUGAUGCCCUCAUUUCCGCUGCCUGCCUUCUUACCAUGUUUAUAUUUAAUUUCCACAUUUCUCAGUCCGACUGUUUUAAUAUCAAGUUUUCUUUUAUUUAGGUUCUCCGGUGGUUCUGGAUAGUAAAUAAAAUGCCUAUAUUUGUGUUGUAGACAUGGUGACCCCCGGUUCACAUUAAACCACUCUGACUUUAUUUACAUCUCAACCAUUGAAUUCUGCAGGAUUUCUGAAAGAUCUGCUGAUUUUUCCACUAAAUUCUUUUUUUCCCCCAACAAUUAUUUUCAUCAUGGAGCAGAAACACCUCACACCUCCGCUAGAGGGCGCACUUUCUCUUCCUCUGUUUGAAUCUGGUAUGUGGUGCUGAUGGGAGGAGCAUGUCUUUCACAUUCAAGAGAAAGAGGAAACAAGCAGGGUGAAAGAAGGGAGUACAGAACAUGCUGCAAGUAAUGGUCAACCUCAGUCACACUCCGCUGAGAGCAAAGGUGAGCUUCCAGAUGCCUGAGAACAGAGUGCGUUAAAGUUGGUCUCACCAUCAGUGAACCUUAGGAUGAAGAUCCUCCACCUUUUCACCUUUUUCCUUGCCUCAGGUCUAGUGGACUGUGUUGACGUUGUUGGCUAUGCAGGAAGAAGCGUCAUCAUCAACUGCAGGUAUUCCACAUCGCUUGAAGCUCAAGCAAAGGUGGUCUGCAGAAGAGUAACGAUCUGUGAGACCAAGAUAAGGACGAGCAUUAUAAACCAGUGGCUUCGUAAGGAUAGAUUUUACCUGUACGAUGACACGGAAGCAUCGGUCAUCAGAGUGUUUAUUGGGAAUCUGAGUCUGGAGGACGCUGGACCGUAUAGGUGCGCAGUUGUGCAGGAGUCUGUAUACAGGUCUAUCGGAGACUGGGAGCUGAAGGUGGAAGAAGACUCCUGCUGUGGGGGGUCAAUGACGGUCACGGCUCAGCUUGGACAGAGUGUCUCCUUCAGCUUUGGAUAUUCAGAAAAGACAACACUCAACGCCCAGCGUGUAUUCAAAAUGCAUAAACACUCUGUCGACCGAAUGAUAUCUACCACUGGAACACCAGUGAGACUGGACGAGGACAUGAGAAGGUUCUCAAUCAGUGACAACAGUGAGACAAAAGUGGUCAGAGUUAGCAUCAAAAAUGUGACCGUCGAUGAUGCAGGGCUUUAUUUCUGCGGAGUGCAGAUCAGUGGAAGCCCAGUCAGCUCCACCUCUGCGAUCAAAGACGUCCACCUGAUUGUCCACCCGACUGUGACUGGUAGCAAAAUGACCAGUUAUGAAGGUGACACUGUUGAGGUCAGAUGCCCUUAUUCCUCAAAGUAUAAGCCAAGUUCAAAGCAUAUCUGUAAGGAGGGGGAGUGUUUUACUGAACGAAGAAACCUUCGUUCUCAAGCUACUCAACGGACUCCAAACAAGACAGAGAGAUUCUCCGUGCAUGAUGACAUCACGGCUGGGGUCUUUAGUGUGAACAUCAGCAGAGUGAAGGCAGAGGAUGCUGGGAGAUACUGGUGUGGAGUGGAAAAAGGAGACGUCUUGAUGAAUUACCUCUCCACUGAACUGCAGGUCGUCAGGAAAGAAGUGCUUCAGGUCUUUGGACGAGAAACACUCAGUGUCUCCAUCGAGUGCAGCUACAGAGGAGAGUCUCCAGAGAGUGAUGGGAAAUUCCUCUGCAUGGGGCAGCAGCUGGCCAGCUGUGACAAAGGUGGAGUCAAAGUUUCAUCAGAGAAAAACAGAACUGGCAGAUUCUCUCUGAGUGAUGAUGCACCUGCUGGAGUCUUCACCGUGACCAUCACAGAUCUGAGAGAGGAGGAUUCUGGGACGUACUGGUGUGGGGAGGAGAGCUUUGGGUCCUCCAUCUACACUGAAGUGCAUCUGCAAGUUAUGAAAGGUUCUUCUGUGAUCAGCAUGACAGUGUGUUUAUGCCUCGCUCUGCUGCUGAUUGGAGGACUAUUUCUGAUUCUCUACAAGCUGAGAUGCAACAAGACACAACAAGGUUCCACUCUCUCUUUAUCUGGGAUAAAUUUAAAAGACAAUAAAGAAGUUCCUCCUGUGGUCUGCAACUCUGAGGAGACUCAUCUUACAGCUUUAAUCACACAGUCAACCGUGACUGACCCCACAUACGCCACUGUGAGCUUCCUGAAGAGUCCAGCUUCGCUCUGUGAUACUGCGGUCACCUUCAGCACAGAAGAAUCUACUUCAGAAUACGCCACUGUUAGACGCCAUGAAGUGCAGAAAUAGCUGUGAUUUUAUCUGUAGCUGUAAAAGUGCAUCACUGACAUACUUUUAAAGAUUUACCCACUAUCUCCGGUCUAAAUCAACUUGCAUUGGUUUAUUAAACAGAUAUCCAAACAGUC